AAAAAGUUUUUACAACGUGUUAUGAGUGUUGUGAUCUUAGCUUGUGUUGUGAUCUUAUGCUUUUCUAAGAUGCCUUGAUGGUGAUAAAUGAUUGUGAUGAUGAAGAUUAUGGAAGUAAUAAUGUAAUAGGCUAAAGAACAGAAGCAUAAAGCCAGUGUGGUGAUAGGAUGUGCUGUAAGGUGCCAUAUGUAGGCAGCCUGGAUAAUAACAGUACUGUGCUGUUGGCUUGCAGUCAGCUCAGGACUUUAAAAGUCUGGCAACACAAGACAGAUCUGAGGCAGGAAGGGUGCCUGUGGAACCCAAACAGGGGGUGGAAGUGAGGUAGAAACGGUCAAUCUCCUGUUAUCCUGUGUGUGUGUGUAGAAAGUGCUGAUAUCUCUAUCCUCCUAUCCCCCCUCCCCCUUUCUGUCUCCCUCUCUCUCUCUCUCUCCUCUCUCUCCCUCUCCCCCCUUCUUCUUCCCCACAUUCUGAAUCCUCUCUCCUUCUCUAGGGUGGUGUGCUGAGUCCAGGUGAGCCCCCUUAUGCGGUGGCUCCUCUCUCGGCGUGGGCUGCAGGAAUAAGGGAUGUCACAGGUGUUCCUCCUGACCCUGCUCACGCUGUCCGCCAGCAUCCAGGUCCACCAUGCCAAAAUCCUGAAGACGUUGAUGGAAAGAUGGGGGAUGUACAGGGACGAGUGCAACCACAACAUCAGCAGGGAGCCCCUCCCCACCGGUUUGGUGUGUAACAGAACUUUUGAUCGGUAUGCCUGCUGGCCCGAUGCCCUUCCCAACUCCACUGUCAGCGUGUCCUGCCCCUGGUACCUGCCAUGGCAUCAAAAAGUCCAAUAUGGCUUUGUGCAUCGGGAGUGCGACUGGAGUGGACAGUGGGUUCCGCAGAAGAACACCAGCGAGUGCGGGGAGGACGACCCGGAACAGAACCAGUAUGGGAGAAUCCUAAGUAACGUCCGAGCCAUGUACACGGUGGGCUACUCCUUGUCCCUUGGAGCUUUAGUUCUGGCACUUGGGAUCCUGGUGGCCUUCAGGAAACUCCACUGCAUGCGGAACAACAUCCACAUGAACCUGUUCGCCUCCUUCAUCCUGCUGGCGCUGUCCAUCCUGGUCAAAGACGCGCUGCUGGACAUGCCCUCGCUGAACAUCAUGCCGGACAUCGCCCCGGACUACGAGGUGGAGCAGCUGAGCAGCAACAAGACGGCCAUUGGAUGCCGUGUUGCCAUGGUGCUGAUGCAGUACGGCGUCAUGGCCAACAACUAUUGGCUGUUGGUGGAGGGCAUCUACUUGCACAACCUGCUUGUGGUGGCUGUCUUCAAUGAAAGGAACUACUUCAACAUCUACUUGUGCAUAGGCUGGGGUACUCCGCUGAUAUUCCUGUUGCCAUGGGUGACGGUGAAAUACCUGUAUGAAAACGAGGAGUGCUGGGAACGGAACAUCAACAUGGGAUACUGGUGGAUCAUCCGCUGCCCCAUACUGCUGGUGGUCCUGAUCAACUUCUUCAUUUUUAUAAGGGUAAUUAAGAUCCUUAUGUCGAAACUCAGAGCGCACCAGAUGAGGUACACAGACUACAAAUUCAGAUUGGCUAAGUCCACUCUCACUCUGAUCCCACUGCUGGGAAUCCACUGUAUCCUGUUUGCGUUUGUGAUCGACGAACAGGCCCCAAGCGGAUCCCUACGCCUCACAAAGCUCUUCUGUGACCUUCUGCUCAACUCCUUCCAGGGUCUGCUGGUGGCUAUCCUGUACUGUUUUGUCAACAAGGAGGUGCAGUCGGAGUUGCUGAAGAAGUGGAAGCGGUGGAAGCUGGGAAAGGACAUAGACGAGGAGUACAGACACACCCACAGCCAGACGGCCCACAUGAAGAGCGGCAGCGUGGUGACGCACCACCAGCUCCCGGACCCCGCCCCUCUCCUGGCUCCGCCCGGCUGCGGCCGCCAGGAGCGUCGCCACCUGGUGGCCGCGUGUCAGAAUGGCGCGGGCAAGGGAGGCCGGCUGUUCGCUGCCCUGCCACACGACACCGUCAGCAGCUGCAGCACCCUCACGGAGACCCUCUCCCUGGAGAACAGGGCCCAGAGUGUGGAGAGCAACUUCUGAGAUCGAUAGAGCUGGAAAAGGACCAGGAAAGAAGAGAUGGCGGGGGAGGCACUGUGUAAGCAGGGGAACUUCUGUCACUUGCUUACUUUCAGGGGCUGCCCCUGACAGUGAUACGUCUGUGCUGGAGGGGGAGGGGGGUCAGAGUUUGGGGCAGAAAGGGUGCUGACCGGGGACCAGCCCAUCUCGCCCCCCCUCCUCGCCUUACAGUGAGAUCGUACGAUGGCAGACCAGGGGGGGCGGGGCAGAUCGUUUCAGCCUGCCGGGUCCUAUUGCUCCCUCUUUGUGACUGACAGCCUGGUACGUGCACACAAAACACAUCUAACAGGCGAGCCACUGUUCCUUUCCGUAACCUUGCCAACGAGCCGAUCCAAAUAAACACGUCGUGCUCCGUUUUUAUUUCCUUUUCCCUCGGAUGCGAAGGAGGAAACACCGACCACGGAAAUCUGUCAGAUCCGUUAAGUUGAAUAUGAAUAUUUUAACAUAUGGCCAUCUGUGACAAAACAAGGUCCAGUCGAUGGCGCCGGAGCAAAGGCAAGUCUUAUCGCUCCAAUCAAGGCACACUCUGCUGCUGCGGCAACUUUAAAAUCCCUAUAUGUGAUCUUUGUCAAUUUCAUUUUUGAUAGUUUACAUGAAGUAUUAGUAGAAACAUACAAUAACCUAUUGAAUGGUAUCCUAUACCGUCGGUAUCUUGUGAUACAGUGACUUGAUUGGCGGUAUUUAAGCAAUUGUUUCGUUGCGGCAAACGGUCGACAUCCUUAAGACUGCAUAUAGUCAGGUGUUAAGAUUAACGGCGAUGCCAUAGCAACAACCUUACCUGCAUCACCUUAAUGACAUGACAUGUUAUUGACGGCAAAUGGCAGCUGUGUUCACUAUGUUCAACCCUGCCAUAGUAUUGCAUUCACACCUCACAACACACUCACACCUGAUUGUCUUGUAGGGAGAGACUGAAAAUUUGGCAUGUUCGCAAAAAAAAUUCUAAAUGAAAAGAAUAAAGAUGAGUCCGUACAAAAUGAUCAAAAUGUUUUAAAAACACGGCAACCUUGAGCAAAAAACAACAGAAAAAAACAAUGUCUUUGCUUUAGCCUGCAGGGUGUGUUAUGCAUCAAGCGGGUGUUUGGUGCACACACACACACACACACACACACACACACACUGACUGAUGAAAAAGAUCAAAAGCCAAACAAGAGCAGCGAUGGACCUGGACGCGCGGAAAUGUUUAUCAUGAGCGUGCAGUACCUUGAUCUGAUUUGAAAUGGGGAAGCGACAAAAAGGAAGCACAAGAUAAUAUCUCCGCUGACCCAUUUAGCCGGACCGGAGGCGUGCUGGGCUCCCCCGCAGGCGCUGUCGGGCCCGGGUUCUGACUCAGCGACUCGACGGCAGACAGGGCCCGGCUGGUACUCUCCACCAAUUCGUCGGAAUGCCAGGGCCUUCUACAUUCCAAGAACCUCCGGGGUCAUCCCGCGCGGUCCAAGGGCUGCCAGAGCAUGAGGGCCCCAUGGGCUGAACGAAGCAACCACAAAAUAUCUAUGAUAAAAGCUCAUCAACGCAAAGUUUGUCGGAAAUGUGUUUUUUUUUCUUUCUUUUUUUUUCCUGAUGGUUGUUUUUACUGCGUAAAUGUAGAGGUGAAAGCCUGGAAUUAUUAUUAUUAUUAUUAUUAUUGCUAUUGGUGUUGUGCCUGUCGCCGUUAUUGUGGUUGUUGUGGUAUGUCAGGAUCAUUUUCAGGCGAUAGAUAUUUUAUGACUAGAGCAGGAGGAAGAGUACGUUCUGCAGAAUAUGAGCUGGCCGUGAGAGAAGGCAGGUGGAAGAGAAAAAGGAGGGAUGAAGAACCGAUCCGAGACGAAGGUGAGGGGGAGUGUUCCUCUUCCUCGCACGGUCAGGGUGAGCGGCCGGGGUGUGGGGAAGAGCUCGCCGUGCGCCAGUUCAGGGUUACGUGGUUUCACGCAGAACAGCGGCGAAACUGCGCUCUCGCUUCCUGAUUGUACUGAACUUCCCACAGUCAGACUUCUUAUUGUGUUUUGUGUUUAAGAUUAUUUGCUAGUAAAUAAUAGUGUAAGUGUAGUGCAGCCUUUGCUCUUUUCUGUAUAUGUGUACACACACACACACACACACACACACACAGAUGCCUGUUGCCACUAUAUUGUCAUAUGCACAACUGUGAACCCCUCCCCCACCUUUUUAGACAGAGCGCUCAGUGGCUCAAUAAAGAAACGUCUAAAAGCUCAAUCAGUAAAAAAAAAAAAAGACUCCACUAAAUUUUUCAAUUUGUAAAAUUCAGUUAUCUCAUCCUAUGUUCAAUCUCCUUCAGUGUUAUACGCUUAGCUUGUUGUGUUGCUUGCCGGCUACAGAAUGAGCUAGCUGUAUAAAACUUGAGUGAUAUUGAAUACUGGAUGAGAUAACUGAAUUUUACUGAUUGAGUCUUUUAGUGGAGGCUUAAUUGAUUUAGCUUUUAGUACUUUGCUAGUCCUAGGAAAGAUGUUCUAGUCCUAGGAAUGCCACAUGCUCAAUUGAUGAUAGGGUAGAAUCUUGUGUGUUCUACAGUAGAGGAUUCCACACUUUCUUUUAGUUUUUGUGUAGACUACCAAGUUAGUUCAGUUGGUCUUGAGGAAAAACGAAAACCAAUCUUGUUGUUUGUGAAGUAUAUUGCCGCACGUCCCAUUUGUUUUAUAGUAGAUUCUUACUCUGUUUGUUCGAGAGUAGAUUUUCUCAGACGUGGUUAGCCUGUGCUGUCAGCUGAAGCCUAACUGAGACAAAGCAGAUACUUCGUAUGUUACGCAUCCAUUGUAUCUGUGAAAGGGAGCAAGCUUCAUAUGAAGCAUACACACACACACACACACACACACAAAC